AGAGCACAAAUGAAAAAAAUAGUUGAUAGAAUAAAUCACUAUUUUGUUUACCUACAGACAUAUAUGAUAAACAUACAUUGAAACUAUAAAAAAACACAAAAGAGAGGAAGGUUGAUUAUUCAACUAAACAAAAUGAUCAUGAUAUAAUAUCUUAUUUGUUAAUUAUUUAUAAUGAGGAAUAUGAAGAAUAAGUAUAAUUCUAUAUGGAAUCAUAUUUUAUGUUACAUAUUUGUUUAAUAUUCAUAUUGGAUUGUGUCUUGACAACUAAUCACUAAUAAAAUAUUGGGAUAGCAACAUAAAGGAAAUGAUAACCAAUUCAAAUUAUCUUAAAAUGGUCAGUGAACGUUCUACAAGCGAACAACGUGGACCAAGUGUUCUCGCCAAGCCUAUUAGGCCUACGCCAUUUUCUGGAUCUUAUCGAGCUGCCUCAGCUGAGAAUAAACAUGUUCAUGCACCGUGGGUAUUUAAUAAUAGUCCACAAGUUUUGGAUAAUUUAUCUAAAAAUCAUCGAAAUGCUCAAAGAUCAAGUAUUACAAGUUUAUCUUCUUCAUCGGCAUUAUCAAUAGAUGAACGAUUCAAUGGUGGUCUUAAUAUAAAAUCAUUUGAAAAAUUUGCACAUAUGGGUCAACCACAUGUGAUUGCUUUGUAUAAUUUUGAAACUGGAGUAGAUGGCGAUUUAGAAUUUGAAGUUGGUGACAUUAUUAUGCUUGAGGAUAUUGUUGAUGAAUCAUGGUAUAAAGGCAGAUCUAUAAGAACUGGCGCUGUUGGGAUAUUUCCUAUGAAUCAUGUUGAAGUACGUAUCCCAUUGACUUCCGGUUUAUUUACAAAUACUCAACCUAAAAUGCAGUUUGUAUAUUCUAAUCGAUCAAACAACUUCACAAAUACCACUCGGACACAUUCUCAUCCAUCUUUCAGAAAGAAACCUGUCCCAUUACCGAAGAUCAUUAAUCAAUCUGCGCCUUCAUCAAAUUCAACAGAUUCAUUGAAUUCACAAACCACAAGUUCUUUGUUAAAUUAUAAAAGCCCUACUAAUAAUCUAGCCAAUACAGAAUACAAAGUUUGCUCUACUCCACUGAGUACAAGUUUACCAGUCAAUAAUCUAUUGCCUAAUCGUGUUCAAGUUUCUACAAAACCUUUCUCACAUUCGAUUGUUAAGCCACCAAAUACAUCACAAACCAAGUCACGACUUGCAUCAAAUCCAACGCCGCUACUGCCACCUCCACCACCACCAACAUCAACUGAUCAGCUACAGGAGCAACAACAAAUACCUAAAACUUGUAAUGCACCACCUGUGAUUAAUUCAUUGAAACCAAGAAAUCAAACUGCGAUAUCACAAAUAGCUCAAAUGUUGCAAGAAAAAGGUAUUGUUUCUUAUCGUAGUCGACAAAUGCCAUCUGGAGCAAAACAUUUGUAUCCAGGAUCACAUCCUUUGUUAAUUUCAUCAGCUCCUUCAUCAUCAGAGCGUUUAAAAUCAUUUACACAAAUGAAUAAUAUUCAUGACAAUAACAAUAAUAAUACUAGAAAUUGUACUGAUAAUAAUAACCUUAAUGUUAAUACAAAAAUUCAAGAUGAGACAAUCAAUAACACAAACAAUGAGAAAAGAAAAGAAGAGGAAGAAGGAGAACAAACUUUGGUUAAAACUACAAAGUAUCACUCACCUUUAUUGGUUGAAACAGUACUGAGCAAACUGCUUCCAGAAUUGAACCGAUCUCCAAGUAGGUCUUCAGAUUUAAAUAAUUCGAAUAAAACAUCAAAUAAUAAACAUACAUUGAAUCCACGAGUGAAUAAUUCGAAGAGACUAGAUACUGACAAAAAUCAUUCAACAGAAACUUCAUAUUCAACCGACAAUAAAAAUGAUACUGUAAUGAAUACUACUAAUAAUAAUAUCAGUAAUGCAUCGAAUUAUUUAAAACAUUUAAAUGAAUCAAAUAUGCAUAAUGGUAUUGAAACCGAUCAUGGAGAUCAAUCAACAGAUGUCAAUUCAAUAACAAUAGUGGAAAAUGCCAAAUUAUUUCGUAAUAAUAGCUCUGCUACAAGCAAAAAUAAUAUUGAUUAUAAUAGUCAUUUAAGAAGAGCGUACACUGUAAUAAAACCUCCAGAAAAGCUAAUCACAUCGAAAGCUUAUAUAAGUUUAUCUUCUUCUGGGAAAUCAUCAAACAAUAAUCAAGUUUCAAAAACAAUGACUGAAGAACCGACGACAAACAUAAGAUAUGAUCAACAAUCUCCAAGAUCUGAAUCAAAUUAUCAGUAUUCAUUAAUGGAUUCUACUGGAGAAAGUAAUCAUAGUAAAUUGAUUACAACAAAUGAUUGGUUAAUAGUUGAACAUGAACAAUUGGGCAAUGAAUCAACUGGUGAACUUCAAUUAACUGUUGGUGAUAUCCUUAAGUGUAUUGAUUCAAGUCCUCAAGUUUGUGACAGACGUAAUGAUUCUCAUCUCCAGUAUUCAAUAUCUUCAUCAUCAUCAAGUAGAAAGUGGAUAAAAUGUGAAAACUGGUUUGGUGUUAUCGGUUUAGUAAACAUUUCCAGUGUUCGAGUUAUUGAUAACUCAAAUGAACUGGCUUAUUAUUUGGAAGCUAGACCACGUGUCAAAGCUUUAUAUACAUUUGAUAAGGAAACUGAUGAAGAUUUAGCUUUAUCGCCUGGUGAAAUAGUGUAUUUAUUUGAAGCCAUUGAUGAAAACUGGUAUCGUGGUGAAUCGGCUACUACUGGCGAUCGUGGGAUGUUUCCGGCCACAUUUGUUGAGAUUAUCAAACCUCUGUAAAGAUUCAUAAGACUAACUAUGAUCUAAAUUCCAUGUAAUUAUACUUAAUCUAUUACUUUUAGAACAUACUUUACAAAUAAACAUGAUGUAAACACUACUAAAAUCAUAUCAUUUAUAUUUGCUUAUGUAAUUUAAUUUGAUAUUCACUUCAAUACAGACUGAGAAUAAAUGGAAUC